UAAUGUAGAACAUCAGUGAAUAUGAAGUCACCUCAGAGACAAGUCCUUAACUGUUCAAUGACUUUAGUUAUAUAGGCUCAGUUGGAAGGAACAAAAUAUUGCCGAUUAUUUAAAACAUAAUAAAUAUUUAUAAACUUAUUAUGAAAUCAAUUGUUUUUAAGAAAUCCAAAUGAAAUGAACCUUUGGAAAGGAAAAGUUUUAACUAAUUUACCUUACGGUCAUGUGCUAAUUAUAGGCGGUAAGAUAAAGUCGCAUCCGUACAAGAUAACGUUAGAGGUAACGGCAGACGACCGCAUAACGUUAGAUAACGAGAAAGGAAUGCUUUUAAAAGUUGAGGCAAACUUUCGCGACAACUCAUCCAUUCAUUCCAUCUUUCAACCGGGCGAGGGUAAACAACAAGAAGAGAUUUGGAAAACGGAAGGACCUAAAAAUCCUUUACAACCAGGUGAAAGCUUCACUUUUCGUAUUGCUCUGCUGCAGAAAUGUUUCGAAAUCUAUGUAAACGAUCAUAUUUAUGGUACUUUUGAAUUUCAACAAGCGCCCAAACAAAUUCAAUAUGUUAUGCUUCAGGGUGACUUUGAGAAAGUGGCGCAGAUCCACCAACGUAUGCUGUUUCCCCUUGUAUUCCCAAAGAGCUUACUAAGUUCCGAGAAAAUUGCCUUUCAAAGUGACGUACCGAAGAAAUACGAAACAGGCACUGUUGUAGCUCUGCAAUGCAUUGCGAAGGGUCCGCCAUUAACUGAAUUUUCAAUUUGCUUUCAAUGCGCCGACACGGGACGAAUCAUUUUGAAAUUUUUGGUAAAUUUUGAUAAAUGCUGUGUGACGCGUACCUGCCAGAAAGACGAUAAUAGCUUUUCGUCCGAUGACGAGGAAACCGAUGGUGAAUUCCCUUUCCAACGCGGCAAGCUAUUCAAAAUCGCUUUUGGUGUUGGCGACAAAGCUUUCAUUAUUGCUGUUAAUGGUCAAUAUUUUACUUAUUUCAAUUAUCCUUCUCGCUCGUUCGCCAUUUCCGCUUUAAAAUGCUGCACCAACGAUGUCGGAGAUUUUACAGUAAAAAGCUUAGAAUACCAUUUGGACUCACCACUCGAAGCUCGCGUUGAAAGAUUAUCAGCAAUUUAAGCA